AUGAACCUGACCCAGCUCAUGGAUUCUCUGUCUAACAGGAAUGCAGAAAAAUGCACCAAAUGUCCAGAAGAUCAACACCCAAACUUCCAUCGAGAUCACUGUAUCCCCAAGAUUAAAACCUUCCUUUCUUAUCAAGAAAAUCUGGGGAUCAUCUUGGCUUCCCUUGCCUUGUUCCUCUCUUUAAUGUCAGGGUUUGUCUUGGGAAUACUCAUUCAACUCCAGGAAACUCCAAUUGUCAAAGCCAACAAUCGGGACCUCUCCUACAUUCUCCUCAUCUCCCUCCUGCUUUCCUUCUUGACCUCCUUCCUGUUCAUUGGCCGGCCAAGGAGAGCCACCUGCCUUCUCCAACAAACAGCCUUCAGCAUCAUUUUCUCACUUGCUGUCUCUUCUGUCUUGGCCAAAACAGUCACCGUGGUGUUAGCCUUCUUGGCCACAAAACCAGGGAAUAAGGUGCAGCGAUGGCUAGGAAAGAGCCUGGCCAACUCCAUCAUCCUUUGCUGCUUAGGUGUCCAAGUUGUGCUCUGCAGCAUCUGGUUGGGCACUUCUCCCCCAUUCCCUGACUCUGACCUGCACUCCCAACCUGGGGAGAUCAUCCUGCAAUGUAAUGAUGGUUCUGUGACAAUGUUUUAUGUAGACCUUGGCUACAUGGGCUUCCUGUCUGUCAUCUGCUUCACUGUGGCUUUCCUGGCCAAGAACCUCCCCGGGGCCUUCAAUGAAGCCAAGCUGAUCACCUUCAGCAUGCUGGUCUUCUGCAGCGUCUGGGUCUCCUUUGUGCCCACCUACCUGAGCACCAAGGGGAAGUACAUGGUGGCCGUGCAGGUCUUCUCCAUCUUGGCCUCCAGUGCUAGCCUGCUGGGCUGCCUCUUCAUCCCCAAGUGCUACAUUAUUCUGCUAAGGCCAGAUCUCAAUACAAAAGAGCAUCUGAUGUCAAGAUUACAUUGA